AUGGCAUUUAGAGUUACAGCCCAAUCAGUGUUAGAGAAGAUUAGUGUGGAUCAUCUGGAAUGCUCCAUCUGCACCAACCGUUUCAGGCAGCCCAAACUGCUGGACUGUUUGCAUAGUUUUUGCCUGCAAUGCCUCCACGACCUCAGACAGAGCCAAGAUCCUAGUGGUACAAAGCUGACAUGUCCUCUGUGCAGACGUGAAACCAUGUUGAAAGGGUCUGGGGUUGCUGAUCUCCCGAAUAACUUUGCAUUCAGUGCCCUGGUGGAGGAAGUUACAAUGCAGGAAAACCUACUGGAAGGUCAAGGGUCAAAAAUUAAAUGUCAAAACUGUGAUGAGGAGAAUCAGGCAGUUUCGAGAUGCAUGGACUGUGAUAAUUUCCUGUGUGAAGAAUGUCAAAAGGCUCAUGGACGUAUGGCUGUCAUGAAAUCUCAUAAAAUCUAUACACUGGCUCAAUUUCAAUCAGGAGAGAUUGUCUACAAGAGUAAACUAAGAGAAGAAGUUCCUAAAUGUGGCAAGCAUCCAGAUCAGAAUCUCAAUGUCUACUGCAACACAUGCCAGCAAGUCAUUUGCACAACUUGCUCGGUACUUGAUCAUGCAAAACACUCACUCACUGGAUUACCUGAGGCGGCAGAGAAAUGUAAGAAGAAGGUCACAGAAAUGGUCCAGAAAAGUGAAAGAAGAAAAACACAAUUGAGCACUACCAUCAAGGAGACGUCCAAAUCUCGCGAGGAGCUGGACGCCAUGUUUGCCAACACUCAAAAGAAAAUCUCCAAAAAGGUUGCAAAGAUCCAAAAGGAGAUUACAAAGAUCCAAAAGGAAGAACAGAAAUUGUUGAAAGAGACAGACACAAUUUAUAAAGACAAAACCAUAGCUUUUGAAGCUGUUCAAGCAACCAACAGGAAAGAGGUAACACAGACAGAGCACAAGCUGGAGGAGGUCAAACAACUCAUGAAUCAAGCAAGUUGCUAUGAGAUUCUUGAACUUCAACAGAAGCUCUUGCAUAACCUCAGUGAAUUGACAGGGAAACAGCCACAGCAAGUUCCUGACAAGUUGACCUUCAUGGAC